AUGAUAACAUUAGAUUCAAUGGAUCUUUUAGAGAAUAGAAGAGAUGAGAGUAUUUCAUUGGCAGUGCGUCGGCGUGCACCGUUAAAGAAAAAACCAUCUCGGAGAAUGAGUGAUGUAAUGCUAACUGAUGUGAAAUGUGAACAUUGUGGGAAGGGUUAUAAGCAUAUUGGAUGUCUUUCAAAGCAUCUAUGGGAACAUACAGUGUAUUUUAACCCAAAACUUUCGAUAUCAAAGCACCAGCAAGUACAAUUGCUUGAAGCUGCUGCAAUUUUAAUCCAGAUGAAUCAAUCACCUGUACUUCAAACGGUGCCGUUUGAUUUUUUGUUUCAGCCACACGAGUCUUUCAUUGGAAGGAUUCGUAGCCAUAAAGAUCACAUAAAACCUAUGGAUCGUCCUGAAGACAUUAUUACAAUGUUUACUAAAUGA